GGCUUAAUGAAAGGCUGUGUGCCGAAUGACUGCGUCGCCGAGUGUGCUCCAUGGUAUGCCAUUAGUCUUGUCCUCUUCAAGCGUCCUUUCUGCCCUUGCAAGGUUGUGACUUGCAAGCCGGAUGACGAUGAGGACGAUGACUGCAACCUGUUCGGAUGCGGUUGCGGAUGGAUGGGUCUUCCUUUUGGCCCUGGAUGCGACAUCACUUCCGAGUUACCGAACAUCUUUCCUCUUGGUCUCUUCGGACCUAACCCUUGCCUAUUCUUCGGCGGUUGUCCACCUGGUGUCGGUCCUCCCAAUCCUGAUCCAUGUGGGCCAUUUGGCUGUAAUGGAUACUGCAACCUCCCUCAAGGUUGCGAUCCCUGUCCACCUGAGAUUUGCGGCGGUCCCCUCAAGUGUCCUAAACCGGAAGGUUGUGGCCCGACGCCUGGACCUAACCCAACGCCUAACCCGACACGCCCGACCAAGUGUGAGAAGGAACAGGAGACGACGGUGACCGAGAAGCUUGUUUAUUGCAAAGAGAACAUCAAGCUGGAGCCAACAACCAUCGCGUCACUCAACUUCACACUUACGAGCACGUUGACAUCGAUGUGUCUGACGCCGAUUUUGUACACUCGGACGGGCUGUGGUGUACUGGAUACCACUGCGACUACCACAAUCUCCAGCUUCACGACGACCUCGAGCAAUAGUGCUCCCAUGUGCUCUCGUGUCCCGCUCGAUCUCAACAACGAUGAGGGCGAUAACGAGCAGCCAACCUCUUCCGAAGGUCCAUCUUGUACUCGCGCCCCACUCUCGCUGGAUGAUGAUGAGGGAGACAACGAGCAGCCGACCUCUUAUGAGGCGCCUGCCUGUAUUCGCGCACCGCUCUCACUAGAUGAUGACGAAGGCAACAACGAAAUGCCUGCCGAUACAUCUUCAAGCUUGUCGUUGUCGUUCUCUCACACGGCCUCUACAACCUCUUCGGCCUUCUCCUCGACGCCUACACCUUCCUCCAACUCCUCGAGCAUUGUGUCAUCCACGAGCAUGGUUAUGACGUCUUCAUCCUCUUUAGUGUCGCGAGUACCUCCACCGUCCAUACUGAGCAUGUCAACGACCCCUCCAUGGGGUACUGACAUUCCCUCUGGCACGCCAGCACCGGCCAACUGUCCAACCUGUAACGAAUAUUUCGACAAGUGCGUCAAGGGCAGGUGCAAUUCAGACGGCUCCAACGCCGAGAAGUGCGCCAAAGAAUGUCUUGCAGCACUGUGUUACAGUGGUGACAGCAUCAACUACUGCAAGAAAGGCCCUUGCCGACCCGCCGCCUGUCCGAAGGAAAACCCCAUGACCUUUGAGAAUGCUCAGCCUGGAGCUCCCUUCACCACGGUUUUGUUCUUGUCCGGCACGAAGAUCACUGUCAGUCCGACUCCGAGCUACUCGACGGUAAGCUUGCCACACUCGCCUACUCCGACUUGCAAACCAGGCCACACGAUCUCGCCUACCGGCAAUUGGACAGUGUUGGUCGAGCACGAGAUCAAGGAGAAGCCCGACAACGCGACUCUUACGUGGCGACUGUGGGACGAGCACGGCUGCGAAGCUGGCUCGGGCUCGGGCUGGAACAACAUCCUUGGUGCCAAUCUUACUCAGGAGAUCGGAGCAUGGGAUCGGGCUCCAGGUUGGAAUAUGGGCUAUGCACUCCACACGCACGUCACUGAGUCCACGAGCGCGUCGCAGUCAGAGAUCGAGUUCGAGAUCUCGAGGUUCCCCGCCGGCUGUAUGGAGAUUUGCUGGACGAAAUGGAAAAUCAACACUCGGGAUGAGAGCAAAUCUUGGCAGAUUACCGAUGAUUGUGCCCGACAGUGUGGUAUGCGGAAGCUCGGACCGACUGACGUUGGCUGUGAUGACGGUAUCAACAAGUGGCACGAUAACGGCGACUCAUCGAUUCAGAAGCGAGGAGGCUAUUGCUGGUUCCACAUGUCAUUCGAGCCUGGCGAUGACAGGGCUUCACCGCCACCCAAGCCCUGGACUCGUGACAGUCGAUGGACUCUGGAACUCGUUCAGCAGAUGGAGUACGAGGAUGCUUCGAUUGAGUGGUGGCUUAAAGACCCCAACGGGAACCAUGCUGGCCACUUCUGGUUCGGACUCAAUGCAGAGGAUGUGGACGUAGUCGGCAGCACCUUGAUUGAAACCCAAGACCGCGACGCUCACCCUGAGCUCAAGAUGCGGUACAAGAUGCUUCUCACUGUGGCUUAUCCUCGCAACAAGGACAACACCACCAUCACGCUCACUUACCAGAACGGCAAGAUUGAUGGCUGCAAGUACAGCUCAGAUACACCUAGCAAGGUGCUUGGCCUGUUACCGCUAUGCCAACCAUCCUACCAGACCGAGAGCAAUGACAGGACGAAGCAGUCCCACCUCAAUGACUGCUCCUCCGAUCCGGACCGCAAGAUUGAAAUCUGCCCUACAUCGAUGCUCGCUGCAAAACUCGAGUUUUCGUGCGACAAGAUUCCCGACGCGUUCUACCCGAAGGGUGCAGGCUUUGAGCGCAAGUUCAAGUGCUGGUGGCCGCAUGACUUUGUCGCCCCUUACGGAAACAUGGAUGAUGUAGGUACAAUGGAUUUCGGUGGAAUGAAUGGUACUUUCAGCGCAUUAAGAAUCGAUAGUGAGGUGAGUGUUUCUUAGACGAACGCGACUUGGCGCUGAGCAAGGGAUAAUAAUUGUAUGAAGAUUCGUGACUGGCG